CCGCGGUCACACUUGAUAGUGUUAAAAAAAAUUAAUUAACAAUAAUUUAAGUGGGUCAUCAUAACUGAAAUUCAUAAUGUCAACCAAAACGAAUACUAUUGAGCGGCAUGGAAACAGUGGCGCUAAAUCAUCCACACUGAAAGAAAUAUGCGCGCGCGCCAUCACAAAAUCCGAAUGGGAGGACAAGGAGGAAUUCCUAGAUGUCAUCUAUUGGUCGCGACAGGUGUUCGGCAUUAUCCUUGGAGUCAUCUGGGGCAUUGUGCCGCUCAAAGGCUUCCUGGGUCUUGUGCUUUUCGCCGGCAUCAGCUGUGGCAUUGUCUACCUGUACGCCAUCAACUUUCAGAACGUAGACGAGGAAGCGUACGGCGGUGUAUGGGAAUUGGUGAAGGAGGGAUUCAUGACAUCGUUUGCCGGAUUCUUGGUGACGUGGAUCAUUUUCUACACGGGACUGCACUACGACUCGAUAAUGGCAGCAAAGUCCUCAUAAUGCAUUUCCCAGCCACUCGUCGCCGCACUAGAGCAGUAACCAAUUCCAGAGUCCAAUAUCAAUACAACUAUACCCGCAGAUCCACUUGUGAAGCCAAAAUAAGCUAAACCGUUUUGUCCUUUUUUAAAAUCCGUGUAGAUUGUUAAACUUUAGUGAAUUACUAUCAUGUGUGCAUUUGAAUGGUGGUCAGCUGUUCUGUAUCAUCGCCAGACGGAGAUUUUUCUGUGAAAGAUCCAUCCCGGUCAUCGGCACUACUUGAGAAUCAGAAACAAUAUAUAUAUUUGUGUAUGUAUGUA